UGCUCUGACCACCACGGGUAUCGAAACCCGGUUUCUAGCGUUGUAAGUCCGCAGACAUACCGCUGUGCCACUGGGGGCGCUCCUAACUAGGGUUACACUUUACAUAACUCCCAUCUAAGUACUAAUUCGUUGAUUAUUUAUUCUUUUUGUCACUUGGUUUAACUUUCAGAUAUUAACCAAUCCGUCCCUGAUGUUCUGCGACGAGCCCACGUCAGGAUUGGAUUCAUUUAUGGCCCAGAGUGUUAUUAGUGUAUUAAAAGAUUUGGCCACCAGGGGACGUACCAUAAUCUGCACCAUCCACCAACCAUCUUCUGAGGUGUAUGCUAUGUUUGAUCAGAUUCUACUGAUGGCAGAGGGAAGAGUUGGUUACAUGGGAAGUGCCGCAUCUGCUUUUACAUUCUUUGAAAGUGUUGGUAAACAGUGUCCAAGGAACUUUAACCCUGCAGACUUCUUCAUUCAUACUCUUGCAGUGACCCCUGGCCGAGAGGAGGAAUGCCGGCGAGAAAUACACAGUAUUUGUGACGAAUUUGUUCGAUCAGAAUUUUCUACUUCAACACAAAAGACUCAACAUUACAUUGAAGAAGACGUGGUUUCAAAGGAAGAUGACCACUACGCUAACCAUUCAAUGUACAAAGCCAGUUGGUUUACUCAAGUCAGAGCGGUUGGUUGGAGAUCGUUUCUGAGUUUCAGCAGAGAACCGUUACUUACCAACAUUCGUUUUGCUCAGACUGUCUUUAUGGCUGUUUUACUGGGCGCCAUCUACUGGAACCAAGAUCUGACUCAAGAAUCAGUACAAAAUAUCAACGGUGUUUUGUUCCUCUUGUUGACAAACAUGACGUUUCAGAACAUGUUUGGAGUGAUCAACGUAUUCUGUGAGGAGCUGCCAGUGUUUUUGAGAGAACAUUGGAACGGGAUGUAUCGUACAGACGUGUAUUUCCUGUGUAAAACCUUUACAGAGGCUCCGUUAUAUGUGAUCGCACCAGUUCUCUUUACGUCAAUAUUAUAUUGGAUGGUUGGACUUUAUGACAAUGGAAAAACAUUUCUCAUCUGUAAUGGGAUCGUCAUUUUGAUCUCUAAUACAGCGACAUCAUUUGGCUACUUAAUGUCUUGUAUAAGCAGUACUGUAGAGAUUGCUCUCAGUAUAGGACCAGCCCUACUUAUACCUCUAAUGAUGUUUGGCGGCUUCUUUCUCAACAACUCGUCCACUCCAGUCUACUUCAUUUGGUUGAAAUACGUAUCUUGGUUUUAUUAUGGAAACGAAGCUCUCUCUAUAAACCAGUGGAGAAAUAUUGACCACAUAGCCUGCAACCAAACCCAGAUUGGCUGUAUUCCUAACGGCAAGGCUGUACUGAAACAGUUGAACUUUGAUGAGGAUAACUUCAUCUUUGACAACUGGCUCUUGGUCACUCUCCUUGUUGGAUUUCGUAUUCUGGCGUUUAUUGGGUUGUUGUUCAGAGCGAGUCGAAAUAACUAAUACAUAAACUAUUUUAUGGUUUCCUUUAUCUAAUUAUCCGAUGUAUUUUAUUUUUGUACUGAAUCAAACUAACUUUAUACUCAAAUUCUAAUUUAAGAUUAUUACCCGCGAAAAGGAAGACACCAAAGUUCUCGUCCAAGUUUCCAUAACAACACAUUUUACUUAAAGAAGUGUGGAUCAGUAUCUAUUCUAGUAAUAAAGAAAGUUUCAUAUUGUCGUUCUUAGAAAAACCCAAAUAUCUUAAAAACAGCAAAUUACGGUCACUCUUGGAUAAAAGUUUUAAAUAUAUGCUCAAGAAAAGUAGACGGAAAAAAUAUAGCACAGUGAGCUGUAAGGAUGUUGUGAACCAGCUGUACUCCAGUGUGCCGUUAUAGCACUUUGAGUUGGAAGGAUGUUGUGAACCAGCUGUACUCCAACGUGCUAUUAUAGCACUUUGAGUUGGAAGGAUGUUGUGAACCAGCUGUACUCCAACGUGCUAUUAUAGCACUUUGAGUUGGAAGGAUGUUGUGAACCAGCUGUACUCCAACGUGCUAUUAUAGCACAGUGAGCUGUAAGGAUGUUGUGAACCAGCUGUACUCCAACGUGCUAUUAUAGCACUUUGAGUUGGAAGGAUGUUUUGAAUCAGCCAUACUCCAGUGUGCCGUUAUAGCACUGUGAGUUGGAUGUUGUGAAUCAGCUAUACUCCAGUGUGCCGUUAUAGCACUGUGAGUUGGAUGUUGUGAAUCAGCUAUACUCCAGUGUGCCGUUAUAACACUGUGAGUUGGAUGUUGUGAAUCAGCUAUACUCCAGUGUGCUAAUAUAACAUUGUGAGUUGGA